AAUACUUUUAUUUGCUCUGGAUUUCAGAAAAAACAACUACAACGACGAUAUGUCAUCAACCACCCACACAUCGACACCAUGCCAGCGGUGAAUACAACAUGGCUUUCACAUACACAAACACAUUCCAAAUUCCGAAAAACAUAUUAUAAAAGAAGUGAAAAUCCCAUUAAUAAUCAUGGAUGCAGAAAUGGUCUCGACAAACAUUAUAGGCGCAACAUUAGAUCUAGAUUUCAAAAAGAGAAUAGAGAAUGCAAGAAACGGAACGUUUUGGAGUAUACAAGAUGGCGGACAAAAAUAAAAUGGCGGCUGAGCUCGAGGGUGCUGAUUCCUCUGAUGAUUUUGAAUGUUACUGGACGGGCGGGAGCUGUUGAAUCUCUCACCAGCCGCAUGAUCUCUCUCCUCGGCUACCCCGCCUCGUGCAGCGUGGGCGGUGAAGCCCGACCAUGCACUUUAGCUCUGACAUGUUGGCUGCGAGGCGGCGCACGCGCUCGCGGCUGCGGCGGCGGCUGGCUGCUCACAUGCUGCGUCAGGGAGAAAGAGAGUUCCAGCAUGACGUCAUCAGAAUGGCGCUACAAGGCGCCGCCGCGCUUGCGCGUGCCGCAGCGCAGUGUGGUCCCCAACAAUGUUUUCCGGAGGAGGGUAGACGACGAUAGUACACAGUUGGACUGCGGUCUUCCAUCCACCCGUAUUCUGCAGAAGAGGAUCAUAGGUGGACGAGAGGCGAGAUUUGCCGAGUUUCCGUGGCAAGCACACGUCAGGAUCUCUGAGUUCCAGUGUGGAGGGGUCUUAGUAUCCCAUUGGUUCGUGGCGACAGCAGCACAUUGCGUGUCGCGCGCGCAUCCCAGAGAUAUUGCGGUGUGGCUUGGAGCGUUGGAUACCACUGCUGGAUCCAAUACUGCCAGGAAAGUCGGAGAUAUCGCGGUGUGGUUUGGAGCCUUGGACACCACUGCUGGAUCCAAUACUGCCAGGAAAGUCGGGGUCAUCCAAAAAAUCCUCCACCCGCUCUUCCAAUUUCGAAUGACUCAGCCAGACCGCUACGACAUAGCUCUGCUCAAGCUCUCUCGACCAAUCGCCUAUGCCAGCCACAUACUCCCCAUCUGUCUGCCGGAAGCUACAUUGGAAUUGAGGGGGAAGAGUGGAGUAAUAGCUGGAUGGGGAAAAACGGAUACAAGCAAUGGACAUACUGGGACGAAUUUGCUUCAAUCGGCUACAGUGCCUAUAUUGAGUACAGAGCAGUGCAUCAACUGGCAUCAACGAAAGCAGAUCACAGUUGAGAUCCAUUCUGAGAUGAUCUGCGCGGGGCAUUCGGAUGGACACCAGGACGCUUGCUUAGGUGACUCGGGCGGCCCUUUGAUAGUCCUGGACAGCGGGAGAUACUAUCUGGCCGGCAUCACGUCAGCAGGGUUCGGCUGCGGAGUGGACCACCAGCCCGGGAUUUACCACAAUGUACAGUUCACCGCCAACUGGCUUAGGAGCAUCAUCAGCCCAAACACCAAUAACAACUAUAUUGACUUCUGAAGAUU